AUGACCGAAGACGAUCGAAACUGUAUCAAAAAAUUGAAAAUUAUGCGAGGAGAGGUUAAUUGGGAGAUAAAUAAUGAACGACGAAAAUUUCUCAAUCAAUUCUAUACUUUGAUCGAAAAUUGGGAGGGUCAAUUGCCAAAUCUUCCAGACAUUUUUCAAAGUAAAGAAAUUGAUUGGCUCCUCAAGCAGCAUGUCAAAAUCAUGUGCAAAACCCAAGUUAUUCUCAAAAAAUCUCUACUACUUGAUUUCGUAAUCCGGUGCGGCUACAAGGACCAACCCAAAGUCGAUGAUGACGACAGUCCACUGUUGCGUCGCACCACACCAAUACACAUUGUGGCUAGACACAAAUAUAGCCUUCUAUUGCACUACAUUACCCGGGAUCUCUUCAAAAUAUACGACAGAUUCGAUGUGAAUUAUUACGACGAAGAGUCAUUCUACACACAUUUCCAUGUAGCUUGCGAGUACGGCUGUGACGAGGUCGUCGAGAAAUUUCUCGAGUUCGGCCAGGAUCCCAAUUGCAUCUCUGAAGAAUCAGACACGUGCUCAGUCAAUUCACCGAUGUACUUGGCUCUUGUUAACAGUCACAAGCAAGUAGUGAGAUUGUUGCUGAGAUUUGGGGCGGAUCCAAACUUGACCGACGCAGAAGGAUCGACACCUCUGCAUCUUAUUUGCGAUCACUGCGACGAUGACUUCAUGGAGAUGUUUUUCAAGAUCAACGAAGACAUGCAUCGGACUCUGCAAGUCGACGCCCUCGACAACCGUGGAUGGGCCCCGCUGCACUUGGCUCUGGAUCGUCGCCUGAAGAAAAAGACCGAAUUGUUACUGUCGAGAGGCGCAAGUCCGAAUUUGGUUAACGAGGAUGGAAAGUCGCCGUUGCAUAUUAUUUUAUGCAAAAAAGACAGAAAAGUUAAAAAAUAUUUUAAAGGCUAUAGUAGCUAUACUGACGAUAGUGACGAUAGUGACGACGAACAUGAAAGUCAUGAUGUUGACGAUUAUGAGUUGAUGAAGGCAUUUUUCAAGACCUGUGACGAAAAAAAUCAAACGGUGCAUGUCGACGCUCGAGACGAUUUGGGACGGACGCCACUGCACUUGGUUGUACGCGAUAAAAACAUGCAACUAGUCGAAUUACUUUUGAGAAGAGGCGCCAAUCCGAAUCUGACCAAAUCGGGUGGAUUAACUGUUCUGCACAUUAUAUGCAGAGAUGGCAAAGAUGCUGAUAAGGACGAUUAUAAUGAUAAUUAUUACGUUGAUGAUGACCUGGUGGAGCUAUUUUUCCUGAUCACCGACGAGAUGCAGCUGUCGGUCAAGGUCAACGCUGUGGAUGAUUUGGGUAAUGCACCGCUGCACUAUGCUCUAGGCAGUGAUGCCAGAAAAGUAAUCGAACUACUGCUGAGCAACGGGGCAGAUCCAAACUUAGCCGAUGCAGAAGGAUUGACUCCUCUGCACAUCAUUUCCAAGGGAGUUAAGGGUUGUUACUACAGUUGUGGUCGUUAUUUUUUAGAGGUGUUUUUCGAGGUCAUUAAGCAAAAACAUCUGCUGGUUCAAGUCGACGCCCUCGACAAGGAGGGCAACACACCGCUACAUUUGGCUCUGAAAAACUAUAACAAGGAUAGCAAUGAUAAUGAGAAUAUCAAAGAGGUGAUUAAAUUGUUGUUGGAAAACGGCGCGAACCUGAAUUUGGUUGAUGCAAAAGGAUCGACUCCUCUGCACAUCAUUUGCAACAAAGAAGUUCGUUAUAACGACGAAGAUGAUCAUCGUCAUGAUCUGUUAAGGAUGUUCUUCGAAGUCAGUAACGUCAAAAAUCAGCCGAUACAAGUCGACGCCUUCGAUAAGGAGGGCAGCACACCGUUGCACUUGGCUCUGAACCGCAACAUCGCCGACAGGACGAUAGUCACUUUACUACUGAGAAACGGCGCCAACCCGAAUCUGGCCGAUGCGAAAGGAUCGACUGCUCUGCAUAUGAUUUGCCAUCUCUAUAAAGAUCGCGAUGAAUUCGCGAAGAUGUUUUUCGAUAUCAGCGAUGAAAAUCACCUGACGGUGCAUAUUGAUGCGCAAGAUAAUUGGGGCCGGACACCGCUGCACGUGUCUCUGGACUAUGUAAACACGGAUAUGGCCGAAUUUCUACUGAAAAGGGGCGCAGAUCCACAUUUAGCCAGCUCGGAUGGAUCGACAAUUCUGCACCGGAUUUGUGGUAGAUCCACCGAGGAUUAUUAUUUCGUGAAUAGGUUCUUUGCGAUCCUCGACGAAAAACGUGUGACGGUUCAGAUCGACGCUCGGGAUAAAUUCGGACGGACACCGCUCCACUUGGCUCUUGCCCGCAACCACAAAAAGUCGGCCAAGUUACUGCUAAGAAGAGGUGCCAACCCGAACUUGGCCAAUGCAAAGGGAUUGACUCCUUUGCACACGAUUUGCAAAGAUAACCACGACGACGAUGACCUCGAUGAUGAAGACGAUGUCGAUGGUGAUAACAAUGGACUGGCAAAGUCAUUCUUUCGGAUCAACGACGAAAUUCAGCAGACUGUGCAAAUCGAUGCCAUAGACAGGAUGGGUCGGACACCGCUGCACUUCGCAGUGGAAUACGGUUACGGAGUCAUGACCAAAUUGCUGUUAAGAAAAGGCGCUAACCCAAAUUGGGCCGAUGCCAACGGAUUGACUCCUCUGCACGUUAUUUGCAAAAGAGACAACGAAAUGGACGACGAGUUGCUAAAGUUGUUUUUCAAGAUCAACGACGACAUGGAGCAGACUGUGCAGGUCAAUGCGCAAGACAGUAAUGGUAACACACCGCUGCAUAUGUCUCUGGGCCUCAGCAAAAAGAAAUCGACCGAGUUAUUGUUAAGAAGAGGUGCCGACCAGAAUUUGGCCAACGAGGAUGGAUCAACACCUCUGCAUAUCAUUUGCCAGACAAAAGACGACGAUGACUUGACAAAAACCUAUAUCAAGGUCAACGACGAUAUCCAGCCGACCUUACAGGUCGACGCCGUGGACAAGAUGGGUCGGACGCCUCUUCAAUGGGCCGUAGCGAAUCUCAAGACGAACGUGGUUGAAGUUCUGCUGAAUCAUCGAGCCGAUCUGUCUGACUUCGUUUUUCCCACCGAGAAUUACUUUGCCGAAAAUUACAGACCACGUCGUGGAGUCUGGAGUGCUGUGUUCGAUACGAUGUCUAUUAUCAAGUCCCUUCAAGGAAGAGGAUUUAAACUGGACCAAAACACCGCCUUGACGAUCAUGAAAUUUUUCGCCAAGCACGGAUUGAUCACCGAUCAGUGUGUAGAUAUCGACGAAUGUUUGCGUAGCAAUCAAUACAUUGCGAGAGAGGCCAAAAGACGCAUGGUGACGCCGAUCCUGUCAUUCUACGAUUUUCUUUGUCUGCCAUAUGAAGAAGCGGAGAAAAUAUUUACACUUAAAGAUUACGAGGAGUUUACAUCUGGAAUUUUUGAUUUUAAUUAUAAUCCUCACCAGGCGUAUACAUUGUUCCUGUGCCAGAGAAUUACCACAAGAUUUUUCCAGCGAUGGGCCCUGGAAUUUUUUAUGCCACUAACGCGAUACCGGCUGCCGAUUCUCUGCUGUGAUAUAAUCAUCCGGCAAAUGAAAUUAAAAGAUUUGUGGUCUAUUUGCCUGGCAGCUACUGGUCAAAACCUGGAUGGAGUCGAGCAAUCAUUUAAACCUUUAUGUAUUAAUUAAUGAUAAUAUAGACAUGAAAACUACAGUGAGUGUGGAUUGCUCUCCAAAG